UUAGUCAAACCUUAAGCAAUGCUUUUCAUUACAUUCGAAGCAAUGCUUUUCAUUACAUUUAUGCUAUUUUUGACUUAAAAUAAUUAUAUUAAAUUAUUAAAUUUAAUAUUUCAGGUUUAAUACAGAAGAAUAUUAAAAUGCCAACAGAGUAUUUUAAGGUUUUACAGACAGCUCAGAAGGCGUUUGCUAGUGGUGUGACAAAACCCAUCAAAUUUAGAUUACAGCAACUCAAAUUGCUUCUUAAACUUUGUGAAGAAAAUGAAGAAAAGUUAAUAGAGGCUGUUAAAAAAGAUUUAAAAAAAUCUAAAAUAGAAAUUAGACUUACUGAGUUGGAAUAUUUGAAAAAUGAAAUUCGAGGUGCUAUUUAUAACUUGACUGAAUGGGUGAAACCACAAUCAACUGAAAAGAAUCUCGUCCUGCUUAUGGAUGACAGUUUUAUACAUUCUGAACCAUUUGGAGUUGUAUUAAUUAUAGGACCUUGGAAUUAUCCUGUACAGUUAUCACUUGUACCUUUAGUUGGAGUAAUUUCUGCUGGAAACUGUGCAGUUAUUAAACCAUCAGAAAUAUCAGAAAAUGCUGCGGAAGUAUUAGAAGAAUUACUUCCAAAAUAUUUACAUCAGGAUUGUUAUCAAGUUGUAAAAGGUGGUGUUCCAGAAACUACUGAACUACUGAAGGAAAAGUUUGAUUAUAUCUUUUUUACCGGAUCCACAGCUGUUGGAAAAAUUAUAUAUCAAGCUGCGGCUAAAAAUUUAACUCCAGUUACAUUAGAAUUAGGUGGAAAAAGUCCAGUAUAUUUGGAUGACUCUGUAAAUAUGGAUAUGGCCUGUCGGCGGAUAAUUUGGGGAAAAUUAUUAAGUUUGGGGCAGACUUGCGUAGCUCCAGAUUACAUACUGUGUAAUGAAGAAGUGCAAGAUUUAUUUUUGAAAUCUUCAAAAAAAGUUUUGGCUGAAUUCUUUGAAGGUGAUCCUAUUGAUUCUCCAGAUAUUGGUAGAAUUAUCAAUGAUAGAAAUUAUAAACGUGUUCAAUCGUAUUUAAAAGAUGGAAAUAUUGCCAUUGGAGGGAAAACAAGAGAUGAAGACCAAUAUAUAGCUCCAACUAUUUUGACUGGUGUAAAGGAUGAGCAUCAAGUGAUGAAAGAUGAGGUACUUUUAAGUGUUUUAUAUAAAUUUGGUUAAUGUAAGUAAACAUUUAAUUUUAAAUUAAUUGCAAAUAAGUA